AUAAUUAUUGAUAGCAACGCGAUAUAUAUUUGUUUAUAAACUUCCUCAAAAUGCAAAAGUCCAUAACCUCCUUCUUUAAGAAGAAAUCCGAUGCCGCAGACAGCCCCUCACCGCCGAAAAAAAUGCCGAGAAUCGACAAGAAAGCUGACCUGCCAGAAGAGACCUGUGUUAAGACCGAAAAUGCCUCCCCAGAACUCAAGCCCAAGGCGGAACGGAUGUCAAUAUCUCCAGAGAAGACAAUUGCUCCAAAGAGUGUCAAGGAGGAAUUGGAUGCCACCACUGAUAGGAAGGUCACAACCAUAGGACUUAACUCUACCGCGAAAGAUAGCAAAGAGGAUGUGGAGAACUACGACCCAUCGACGGACUCCUAUCAUCCGCUUAAAGACGCCUACUGGAAGGACAAAAAGGUAACUCCCUACUUGGCACUGGCUCGCACAUUCCAGGUCAUCGAAGAGACGAAAGGCCGCCUAAAGAUGAUCGACACACUGAGCAACUUCUUCUGUUCGGUGAUGCUGGUCAGCCCCAGUGAUCUGGUGCCCAGUGUUUACCUCAGCAUUAACCAGCUGGCCCCCGCGUACGAAGGUCUAGAGCUCGGCGUGGCCGAGACCACGCUGAUGAAGGCCAUCUGCAAGGCCACGGGUCGCAACUUGGCGCACAUCAAGUCUCAGACUCAUCUAAUCGGAGAUCUGGGAAUUGUUGCCGAGCAGUCGCGUGUUUCGCAACGCAUGAUGUUCCAGCCGGCGCCGUUGAAUGUGCGGGAUGUGUUCAAGAAGCUGCGGGAUAUAGCCAAGAUAUCUGGCCAAUCGAAAAUGGAUCUCGUUUACAACAUGUUUGUGGCCUGUCGCUCGUCGGAGGCGCGCUUCUUCAUUCGGUCGUUGAUCGGAAAGCUAAGGAUCGGCAUUGCCGAACAGAGCCUGCUCACUGCCCUGGCGAUUGCUUUGGUCAAGAAAAACCACAUCGACGACUGUAAGGCCAGCAAGGUGCCGGAAAUCUACAAGGAUGAAAUUGCGGAGACCACUUUGCUGCUAAAAACUGCCUACAGCCAAUGUCCCAAUUAUGAUAUAAUCAUCCCAGCCAUACUGGAGUACGAUAUUAAGGAGCUGCAGGAACGAUGCCCCAUGCAUCCGGGCAUGCCGCUGCGGCCCAUGCUUGCCCAGCCUACCAAGGGUGUCCAUGAGGUAUUCGAAAGAUUCGGUGGCAUGCACAUCACCUGUGAGUGGAAGUACGACGGCGAAAGAGCUCAGAUCCAUCGCAAUGAGAAGGGUGAGAUCAGCAUUUUCUCGCGCAACUCUGAGAACAACACGGCCAAGUAUCCGGAUUUGAUUGCCAGGAGCAAAGGCUUUCUCAAGGGCGAGGUGGAGUCCUACAUCAUAGAUAGCGAAAUAGUGGCCUGGGACGUGGAACGAAAGCAGAUUCUACCGUUCCAAGUGCUGAGCACGCGCAAACGAAAGAACGUCGACAUCGAGGAGAUCAAGGUUCAGGUUUGCGUCUAUAUUUUCGAUCUUCUGUACAUAAAUGGAAAGGCUUUGGUGACAAAGAAUCUGUCUGAGCGCCGAAAGCUGCUGCUGGAGCACUUUCAGGAAGUCGAGGGAGAGUGGAAAUUCGCCACAGCUCUGGACACCAAUGACAUAGACGAAGUGCAGCAAUUUCUAGAGGAGUCAGUCAAAGGUAACUGCGAGGGUUUAAUGGUGAAGACGUUGGAUGAGGAGGCCACCUACGAGAUAGCUAAGAGAUCACGUAAUUGGCUCAAGCUGAAAAAGGAUUACAUCUCCAAUGUGGGCGACUCUCUGGACUUAGUAGUCAUUGGCGGCUACAAAGGCAAGGGCCGAAGAACAGGCACCUAUGGAGGAUUCCUGCUUGCCUGCUACGAUACAGAGAAUGAGGAAUACCAGAGUAUAUGCAAGAUUGGAACAGGCUUUACCGAUGAGGAUCUGCAGAUGCACUCCGAGUUCUUGGGAAAGCAUGUCGUAAGCAGCGCCAAGUCGUAUUACAGAUACGACUCCAGCUUGGAGCCGGAUCACUGGUUUGAGCCAGUCCAAGUGUGGGAAAUCAAGUGCGCCGACCUGUCUCUCAGCCCCAUACAUAGGGCUGCCAUUGGGAUUGUGGACGGAGAGCGUGGCAUCUCGCUGCGAUUCCCCCGCUUUAUACGAAUCCGAGACGACAAGAACAGCGAGAACGCCACGGAUGCCCAUCAAGUGGCGCAUAUGUAUCAGUCGCAGGAUCAAGUCAAAAACAACCAAAAGACGUCCACACAAAUGGAAAUGGAGGAUGAGUUCUACUGAUCGAUCGUUUAUUUAACAAUAAAAUCAUGUUUUCGCUAUUUAA